AUGCUUGUGGUAACGCCCGAAUCCCCCAACAACGACGAAAAGAACAUUCCCGCAGUGUCUCGUGGCAAUGACGCGGGAUAUGUGGUUGUCUAUCCCAACGGAGCUGCGGCGGGUCUUUUCAGACCGCGUAUCGUCUCGGAAUCAUUCGACAGCGACAGAACGCGCAAGUGGCUACGAAACUGUAGAGAUUGCCAUGGGAGCGAGUGCCGUGGACCAUCUCAGACGGUCGCAGCUAUGAAGCUGAUUGACUGUGAAACGCUGGAGAUUAUACCAGCCACCGCUUCCAUGACAUGGGUAGCGUUGAGCUACGUUUGGGCAACGCAGAAAGAAGAUGUGUCCAACAGUCAUCCAUCACUCCCUCCACUCCAACUUCCAUCGCCUAUUCCACGGUUGAUCAGUGAUAGCAUUGCGGUUGUCAAAAGCCUUGAAUAUCGAUACCUGUGGGUUGAUAAGUACUGCAUCGACCAACAGAAUAAGCGUGAGAAGAUUGAACACAUCAACAAUAUGGACUUGAUCUACGGAGGAGCCGAAGUUACCAUCAUUGCCGCAUCCGGGACAGGUGAGGAUCAGGGUUUGCCCGGGAUUGGAGCAACGAAGAGAUCCAAACAGCAAGUUGUUGAGCUUCCGGGUUUCACAAUUCUCAGUACGGGACCGGAUCCGACAGCAAGCAUUGCAGAAUCGAAAUGGUGCACGCGAGGGUGGACCUUCCAAGAGGCCUUUUUGUCACCGAGAAAACUGGCGUUCACCAAGAAUCAGACCUAUCUUGAAUGCAGAGAAGUCAGUUGGAAUGAAUCCAUUGGUGGGUUGGAGUUUAUCGAGAACCCCGAACAGGUCGACUUUCACUCGUCCUGGAAGGCCAGCCGGCCGGAAAAUACAUAG